AUGAUCGACCGUGGGGUAAUGAGAUGGUGGGCUGAGUACGAACCCGCAGCAAAGCGCGACUCAUGGGACGACGAUAUAUGGCGGAUCUGGCAGGAAGAACAUGGCGUUAGGAUCGCGAUGAAAGAAGCAGAGGAAGAGGCGGAAAAGAAGGCCGUCGAACGCGAGGGCGAGAGCAAGACGGAUGCAAUGAAGAGGAGGGUGGAUAAGAUUGGUCCGUGGGCGACAAACUCAAAAGAGGCGGCAGAUGCGGAAAUGCGACAGGCUGAGGAUAAGAAGAGGCGGUUGUUGGUGGAGGAGGAGGAGCGGGACAUGAGACAGUUUGAGAAUGCACAGGUGGGUCGUAAUGCCUCUGAGGUUUCGCUGUCCGAGUCGUUUAUGACGAUGCUUGAGCUGUCGAAAGGCGGUGCAGCGUAG